ACAAGUUUUGUGAUUUAUGUACUUUAUUGGUUCUUCCCAAUUGAAUUACAAAAGCAAUAAAAUUUGAACGAUUUAAGCAAAUGUUAAACUUCAAAUAUCUUUGGUUCUUGUGUCAUUGGAUCAAAUAUUGUAUUGGAACAGAUCAGAUACCUAUUACUUUAUGUGUUCACAGAUGUUUGUGCGUGCAUUUUGGUAGAACAGUUUCUGCUAUUGUGUUGUAUUCAUUGAAAAUACAGCACCGUUAUGCUUUUAGUAGUAGUGUCCGUAGACCAACUACCUUUGGAGGAAAGAACAGCUGCAACUUUUUUGAUAUUCAUGCGCAAGCUAAAACCCUUUGGAAUUUUAUGUCUCACAUAUGACCCCAUAUAACAAACACCUUUUUAAAAGGAUUCUUGACAUUUCAUCUUUGACCAAAAGUGAGACAAACUUUCCCUAUCUGAUCUUGUUCUAGCCGUUAUAUAAAAUCGUUCUCGCGUGCUGUUUAUUUGCAAUUUAUGUCAAGUUCACAGUACUGUAGAAUAUUAGUAAAUCAAUUUCAUUUAACAAAAAGUGCCUUUUACUCUUACAAAACACGUACAACUACACUAUGCUAUGUAGACGAAACUAUUACGAUGCUGAACUUAACUGAGAAAACGUACAGAAAUGGAUCUUUAUCUUUAUUGCCAUUAUUUUAUUCGGUACAUUCAACAAAAUGCAGUAUCUUUUCCAGAACAAAUAUAUGUACUACGUACGAUGUUCAAACAGUAAAUGUAAAAUAGAACAAAAUGUUGUGACUUUUUACCUCUUUCAGGCUCUUCAGAUUAUGGGGAAUAUUUUUUCAGCAGCAUACAAGGCUAUCACUUGGUUUAAAGAGAAAAUUCUCAGACAAAGACAAAUUUACGUCUACAUACAUGAAGUUUAUGACCAAAGGCCGAGGAUAAUGCUGCUUUUUCUACGAAUGAGAUAUAUUCUGCAUUACUGCACAAAAGAAGAUCUUGCUAUCGGAUUGUCAAACGACUGGCCUGUUAUUGUGAUGAGUAUCGGGACGACGAGAGCAAAAGAAGAUAUAAGAGACGUUGUCAAUGAUAUAUUUCACGAUUGGCAACUCUCUCGUGUGAUAUAUAUUCUAUUGAGCAGAAGAAAACCACAUAAACUUGAUGUCAGUCAUGAUAUAAAGCUAUCAGAAUUGCAGACGAUACUUUAUUACUGGAUCUACGACAGAAAUGUAGAAAACUCAUCUCUCAUCAAGACGUUUUGGAAUAAUACCAAAAUGACCAUUGCAAUAUUUCAUGCCGUAAACAGUUAUAAUCAUAAUAAAGUCAGUCUGUCACACUUUCUAGUGCCUUGAAAUCUUCCAACAGUUUCCAUCCAGUUCAAAUGAGACUUUGAAAACAUCAUUCACAUGAAGUUUACAUAGGUUUGAAAUUACUUAUGACUUUUGUCCUAAAAAGUAAUACGACUACAUCGAUAUCUUGUGUACUCGACUCUUCCUUCAGGUUCAAUCUGAUUUGAAAAUGCAUCAUCGACAUGAAGGGGAUGUUUAAUAAUUUUCUGAUCUUUCACAUACCAGUAUUAUAUUUUGAGUUUGCCCUGUUUUGGACUUGACAAUAUUACAACUACGAGGGUCCUGAAAAAAUGUUAUGUCAUUGGGUUAAGGUUUCUUAAGAGCUACGUUUUAUCAAAAUUAUUUUUAUCACAAACCUUCAAAGUAUUCCAUCUUUACCGAAACACAUUUGUGAUCUUUUUACCCAAUCGCGAAAAGCAGAUAAAUAUACUACUUUUAGUAUCUGUUUAAGAUACUGAUAAAAAGCGCUGCAAAGAGAACUGUUGGACUUAAUUUCUUCCAAAAAGGCAUUUGCUUAAGCCUUGGAAAUGAAAAUAAGACACAAUGGACUCAGGUCAGAUAAAUAAGGCAGAUUGUUUACAACUUCCACCUUCACAGAAGCCAAAAAGCCAAAAAAUACUUAACAAUCAAUCAAACCUAGUCUGCUAUUAUACGUCUUGGUUGCAUUCUAUGCUUCCAAAGGAUCUUUUUACAAAUUUCAUUAACUAUCAUAACAGCAAUCUUUAAGUGCCGUGUGGCGGCUGUAAAAAUGUCUCCCCGUACUCGGAGUCAGUGUUAUUAUAUUUUCUGUUGUUUCUUUCGCUACUCAGUGAGCAAGUGAGGUACCCACCUAGCACAAACCUUUCUCUGGUCCAAACGCUUUUUCAGAACCGCUUGCAAACUGCCUUCUGAUAUGUCAUAACAACUGGCUAUAUAUGUCACAAUCGCGCAUCCUGUUCGACAUCAGCUUUUACAGUAGCGAUGUUUUCCUUGGUAACAGAGGUUCUAGGCCUACCAGAACGGGUAUACUCUUCAACAGAUAAUUUCCCAGCUUUAAAAGAUUUAAACCAUCUUAACACUGUGCGAACUGAAAUGACCUGAGGUCCAUAUAUACCACACAAUUAAUCGAAUAUCUGCUUUGAAUCUGUAUUAAAUUAAUUCUUUAUGCGGCAUUAAAUAUUGCUACGAAUUUCAGUCUUUUCGUCCAUUUUACAAUUAGAAAUGUGACAAGUAACCUGGUCAGUGUAUAUGACUGCAUGUAUUUGAAUUUAAAAUAACUCGGUCAUUUGAAAAGCAAUUUGCAUAGAAUAAAACGGAUAUCACUAGCUAUUGGACACACUAUUUAAGUGUAAUGAAGCGUUUUUAAAAAUACCCUGGAUAAAACUACGGAAGCCUAUUAGUGACAGAACUUUUUGCAGGACCCUCGUACUUGUAAAUAUUUUUAAUAAUUUCAUAAUAAAGUGAAGAUUCAUAUCCUAAGAUUAUUUUAAAGUGCAUUAGCUGCAGUUUUCCCAAAUUGUCACACUUUUGAUUAGAGCUUAAGGUAGAUUAAAGGGAAGAUUAGUAUAUGUGAUCUAUGAUUGACAGUAAUUUUAGGUAAAUGGAUAAUCACCUUUACCAUAGCCGAGACUGGCAAAUGUCAGAUUCGAGUUGUAGGUUAUAAACAUAUAUAAUGCAAUAUGUACUAUAUCUUAAUUUUUUUUUACACAAAUAGGCAUUUAAAUUAUACAGUAUACCUUGCAUUAAGAAACCCUAGGGAAUGCCAAAAAGGUCUUUUAACAACAACAACAACAUAAUUUGUACUUUAUUAGCACUAAUGGGAACUAAAAAGUUUUCUGUUAAUGCAAGUGGUCUUAUAACAGACGCGGACACUCGAGCAAGUUUCAGUUUCUUCAUAAACGUUAACACUAAAACGCAUCUAACCAAUCAUGAUUCAGCAGCAGCUUUCUAACAGGAGUUGUAGUUUUAUGACUGGGUAGAAGAGGAAUGGAUAGUGUUUACUACGUACCAUCAGACAUUGUAGUUCAAGACGGUAAAUACUUGACCAUGUACCAUUUCAGUCAUUGUAGUUCACGACGGUAAUUACUUCACCAUGUACCAUUCAGCUAUUGUAGGUCAAUACAGAAAUAACUUGACCAUGUACCAUUGAGUGAUUGUAAUUCAAGUCGGGAAUUAUUUGACCAUGUAUACAGAUUUAUUUAAACCGGGUGAAAAUUGAGUUGAGUACAUACGGUACAAAUGUAGUUAUAGUAUGAUUAAGACCUUAAAAGGGGCCUAACUGAAAUAAAAUGAUAAUCGAAUAUUCUUAUUUAGACAAUAUGCGCAUGAUGUAAACAAAGUUUGAUUUGAAAUUAACGGAAAUUGCAGGAAUUGAGUACCUAUUUUAUGUUUGUGCUAUUGUUGUAAAAUUGUUAAUUCCAAGAAAGGGCAUAAGUUAUUAGGGCCCCAAAUGAUACAUGCAUGUCCACGUCAUGUUGAUGAUGUACAUGUACAGUAAAUUGCAUUAGAAUAGGAUGGACGCUAUUGGUGACAUUGUGUAAAACUUUUCUUGAAAGAGUUAUAUUACUGAGUUAAAAAAAACGUGCAUAAAAGCAUUUACUUAUAAUUUACAGAUAACCAAACAAAAUUCAUGUUCAUGCUGAUAAUAGCGAUACCUUUCUCUUUUUGUUUAAAACUGGUUAAUUAAAAUGUUCAAUAGCAUUAUAAAAUGCACAAGUAAAAGUAUUUAUUACGAGGAUGGGAUCAAAAUUAAUGCCACUGGCUAUUGAUAACCGCUAUUUUUAGCGCGAGUACAAAAUUCACGCCUUGCUAGUGUUCCCCGUUGUAGUAGCUUUCAAUCGACGUAUACACUAUACAUGUAGACACAAUAUCUCGCUCACAAUUCACAUUUGCACAAACCGUACUUGUAGGCGGUUAGGCAAAAUGGCUGAUAAAAGUGUAAAAAAUGCGAAUGGAAUUAGGUCUUACAUUAAGACUUGCGCUUCACUCGGAAGAGGUUCAAAGGACAUUUAUGCUGACAUAUGUGUUGUUUAUGGUAGUAAUGCAAUGUCCUUUUCCACAGUUUGCAGAUGGGUUAGGAAAUUUUGUGCAGGCGUGGAGUCUGUCAAAAAUGCGCCUAAAACUGGUCGACCUAAGUCUGCAAGUAUUCCAAGGAUUGUUGAAAAAAUCAAACAAAUAGUACUUUCUGACGCAAGAUAUACUUCUCAGCAGAUUGCGGACAUGGUUGGCAUUUCAAAAGCAUCUGUGUUGGGCAUUCUGCGAAAUAUUUUGAAACUGAAGAAGAAAAGUGCUAGGUGGGUCCCGCAUUUGCUCACUGGUGAGCAAAAAUGCACGCGCGUUAAGAUGGCGCGCAAGCUUUUGAAAAGGUUUCCAAGAUACGAUCAUCAAAAACAUUUAUGAAUGUAGUAACAGGUGAUGAGUCUUGGAUACAUUUCUUCGAACCGCAUCGAAAAAUUAGUAAUCGAGUAUGGCUCACCUAAAAUGCCAGAAGGCAUUGCAUUGCCAAAAGGAUUGCAAGUGUGAAAAAUGUUAUGUAUGCCAUAUUUUUCACUACUAAAGGUCUCGCCAUCCAGGUUCCUGUACCUAAGGAAAGUCAAUGGAUGCCAAGUUUUAUAAGAAAAAAGUUCUUUAAAAGCUUCUCAAGUAUUUCCAGAAACGUCGAUCAAAGACGGGUUAUCGAGGCAUCCAUUUGUUACAUGACAACGACUCGAGUCACCAGGCUGGGAUUGUGACGUCGUUUUUGAAUGAACAGGGAGUAUAUGUUCUAGAACACCCACCCUAUUCUCCGGAUCUAGCCGCCUGUGACUUUUUUCUUUUCCCUCGUCUCAAGAAAAAGCUUGCAGACAGAAAAUAUACAUCCCGCCAAAAGUUAGGAGCCGCCAUAUUUAACCGUCUUAGUGAUAUACCUGAAAAAGACUAUCAGAAAGCUUUUAUGGAUUGGAUUAAAAGAUUGAGAUGUUGUGUAUCUGUCAAAUGAGAUUACUUUGAAGGUUUAAAAUAAAGACUUUCUUAAUCCAAACUUUAGUUGUCAUUUAACACCAUUGGUUGCAUUACUUUUGAUCCCACCCUCGUAUAAUAAAUGGAAUAUAGGAUAUUUUUAAAAACCAAUAGUCAAACUUACCUGUUUAUCUGUCUAAUUUCAUUGAUUAAACACAUGAUGAAAUAAUUAUCACUUAAGAUCGGUCAUAGUGUUUUGAUAAUUUCACAUUUUCAGACUAAUUAGUUUUUCUCCAAAAUUAUGUUAAUUGUAAUACUUUAAUAUUUUUUAUGACAUACAAAAAUAAUAACGUAGCACACAAAAAAGAAAUUGAAAAUCAGAACAGACUACUUAUUAAGUGGUUAUAUUUAUGUUUCCAGCUCUCAUGUAAAUAAGUCAAACUGAGGAUUUACUUUUACAAGAUACCUAUGAUUAAUUAUUUAAACUUUUGCAAAAAUAAUAGUUUAUAUUGCUUGUUGUUGUAUAUAUUACAUUGUAAGAGCAUAUCAGAUUUUCUCUAACCUGUUAUUCAAUUUUAUUGCUUUUGUGUGAUUUCUUUUUUAUUUGUUCAACUUACAUUAAAUAGCGUAAAGAUUUCAAUGUCUCAUUUAUAAGUUUAUAGUAAAACUGCUGACUGCAUGGCUUAACCAUUAUCGAAAUCGACAUGAAACUUGAAAUAGCUGUACAUAUAAUCAUGCUCUGUUAACUGCCGAUAAACCUUAUCAAUGUUUUGAAUGUUUAAAAUCAACUUCACAAAAUAGUCAAAGUACCAAAGAACUCGGAAAUAUAGUAAAACUAACACAUAAGUAAUAUUCAUUUUAAAAUAUGUUAAAUGCAUCCGAAAGCAACAUACUUCUUGUUGCUUAAAAGUACACUUGAUACAAAUGAACUUAAUUCAUUCUUCAGGAAAAUC